AAGCUGGGCGAUGCUUAGAUCGCCACAGGAAAUCUGCCUCAACCCGAAAUUAGCGAUCGAAUUCGUAUUUUGGGACAACAACAGCGUUUGGUACCAGUACGUAUGGCAUGCAGCUAAUCUAUCAAACGAAAGGAUCCACACAACAACAAAAUCAAAAAAGAGGUUUCCACCAUGAACAGGAGAUCGGGGCUACCAUCUUCUCCAAUUAGCACUGGCUGGAGGAGCACCACUGUGCCGUUCGACAACAAUGGCAAGAUACACACUAGCCGCAGAGCCCUGAUGCGCCACCUAUGGAUCACUCCCAGUCUAUGGUUCCUCCUCUUUGGUGUUUCUGUGUUGUGUGGUGGCCUCUUUGCCGGCAGCGUGAUCUUUACUAGGUAUCACAAGCAAACAGCCGUACCCAAAUCUGCACCGCAGCUAUAUGGAAUGAUGGAACACAAUGAAGUCUCCUAUCAAGGGUAUCUUGAUUGUUUGAAAGAUCCCAACUGUGACAAGUACAAGUCUCCCACAAACAGCAACAACACGACGUAUCCACACGAUUAUCCAGGACAUCCAUGGCACUGGACACGCGUCAAUGCUCCCGAUGCCACACUCGACAAUAAACGAGACUGCCAGAACAAUCGCUAUCGAGACUUGUACGAACAAUUCCACCAACAAGGAUUCGUCAUCUUUCAGAGUUGUUCCAUGCAAGCCACGGUCUUGGAUAAAGUCGAAGAAUACACGGCGACCAUUCCCAAAGCGGCAGGCCGGGUUCAAACGGCACCCGUCACCGCCGUCAAGGAACUCGCGGCCGACCCGGAUACCCUCGAAUUCGUUCGCUAUCUGCACGGUGGACGACGUCCCUUUCCCUUUCAAACACUCAACUUUCCCACGGGAACGCAGCAAGGCAUUCAUUCCGAUUUGAUUCAUUUUGAUACCAUGCCCCGGACGCUCAUGUCGGCUGCGUGGGUCGCAUUGGAAGAUAUGAACGACGACAAUGGACCUCUUCGGUACUUUCCAGGCAGUCACCACUGGGGAACGUGGGACUACGAUGAAAUUGGCUUGACGGUCAAGGGCGUUCCGAAAGGACAGCAGUCGCAGGAAGUGUAUUCACAAGAGUUGGAACGGCUCGCCGUCAAGGCUGGUCUCGAAGAACAAAGGGCCAAUACCAUGAAGAAGGGACAAUCACUCAUUUGGGCGGCGGGAUUGCUCCAUGGUGGGGCACCACAAAAUAAUCCUGCUCUGACACGGAAAUCGCAAGUCACGCACUACUAUUUUGAAGGAGCGCAAUACUACUGGGUCCCGCACCUUAGCGACAUUGCCAAGGGAGAAAUCUUUUACCGUGAUGACGCUCCUCGAUGUACAUCGGCCGACUAUGCACCCAAACAAAUCCUAUCGUGUGCCGACGAGCAGACGCAGCGAUUCGUCAAUCAGGUGCCAUAGCUCAAGAAAGACCAACAAUCAUUGUACUCUAGCUAGAGUACUGUAGUCGGCUGAAAAAAGAAAUUUGAGGGAGAACGAAAGCAAGCCUGAGGUGAACAAAGAGUUGCGAGGUGGGUAUACAAGGAAAAUUCUCCUGCGCGUCGACUGGAAGCAGAGUGACAAUUAGGCAGCGAGUCAGUCCAAGGAUACUAUUAGUGUAGGUAGUUUCUAGACAGUAUCUUCAUCGUCUCUAUUGAUUAUGUAGAUGAUGCAAUACCGAAACAGUGCAAGUUCAUUCAUAGCUGCAUGUGCGCUUUGAUCGCUCCUGAAGCCCCGUCGCAAGAACUCAUGGCUCGGCAGGUGCGUACGUUUCUUGAUUGGCUGCUGCGAUGCCGCAACAAUGUAGGGAAUUUCAGCGCAGCAUCGCACUGUUUUGAGUGGAGUGGGGAUCGACCUGCAUGAAAGCCGCACGGUAUCCCAGCCUGAAGCACGGUACAUAUACAGUAAGGUGCAGUGAUGGAUGACUGCUUUGGGGUUGAGAUAAAGGUUUUUUAAAAAAGGUAUGCUACUGUACGGUAAAACAAG